CUCUCUCCCUCUCGCGCUUCUCUCUCUCUCUCUCCCUGAAAUCACGAGCAAAAAACCACAGGCGGUUUUCAUGAGCGGUUUCGGCGACCGGAAGCUGUUUCCCAGCGACCGAGAGCGGUUCUACUUCCAGCCGCACGAUGGCGGUGGCGCCCUAGAUUCCGGAGAAAUCAACGGCAACGGCAGCCUGAGAAGCUCCGGCGAAAUCCCCCAGCCGCAAGGCCAGGAAUGGUCCGCCAGAGAAGACAACAGCCGUGAUACCGAUGAUGAUGAUGACGAUGAUGAUGAAGGUGAUGAUGGGCAUGAUGACGAUGAUGACGAGGACGAUGGUGAUGAUGACGGGGAUGAUGGCCAUGGCGAGAGGCACGAGUCAUCGUCGGCCGAGAUUUCGGUGCCAAAAAAUGACUGUGGAAAUAAUGGGAGCUCGGAGGGGUUUCAGAAGGAGGGGCUGGAUCGAGAUAUAGGGAAUUUGGGGAGGAGUCAUUCGGCUUUAGGGUCUAAUCGUGGUGGUUUGGUAAAUGAUCCUAUCGUUCAAUCUUCGAACAAUAUUAGAGGAAGCUCGAGUCAACAUUUACAUUUUAGAUUUGGGCGUCGUUAUGAUAAUGCAAUAACUGUUGCAGAGCACGAUGGUUACUUUUCACGAACAUCACAUGGGUUGGGUUCAUCUCUUUCUCAAGGGGACAACGGAUCAUGUGGGUUUAGCGGGAGAAAGGAUUUAGCUUUGUCAAACGACUCUAAUGACACUUUGAGGCGUAUAUUUUCAGACCCUGUCACAGGGAUUCUCAUGGAUGAUGCAAUGAUAUUAUCUUGUGGGCAUUCCUUCGGAAGUGGUGGAAUACAACAUGUUCUUAGAGCGCAAGCUUGCUAUACUUGUGGUCAGCCUAUCUCUGCGGACUCAAUGGCUCCAAACCUUGCACUUCGUAUUGCAGUUCGAGCCUUUCGAAGGGAAGAAGAGUUGCAGUCAUCUAAAAUAUUCAAAAGGAGAAGAGAGAGAUUUGAACAGGAGAAAUCUAGUUAUGGCGAACCAUUGCCGAUGGAUUAUUCUAGAGGGAAAGGCGUUCAGUUCCCAUUUGCAGUUAGUGACCGUGUCAUUAUCAAGGGAAACAAGAGGACACCACAGAGAUUUGUUGGGCGCGAGGCUAUCGUAACGACUCAGUGCUUAAAUGGAUGGUAUGUUGUGAAAACACUGGAUAAUGCUGAGAGUGUGAAGCUUCAAUAUCGUUCUUUGGCCAAAGUUGGGGAGCAUCGCCCUCCCACUGAGAAGUCAAACAAGGCCAUCAGCCCAAACUGGCUUUAGUGCAUGGUUCCCAGUAUUUAGGCUGCUUAUUUCAGUAUCAUGCAAGUACUCGAGCUUCUCAGCAAACUCCUGACGCCCCCUCUUCAUCAAUGGAAUUGAUGCAUUUAAUGAGAUGGAAUCUCACAUUUGAUCAACAGAGAUUCACUCCACUUCAAACUAUGCAUUUAGGGGCCAUAUUUUCGAUUGCUAACUCCUUAUGUCCUUUGUCGGCAUCUCAGUUCCAUUGGAACAAAUUAACAGUCAUGAGGCACUGAUUUGUAACUGCUUUAGUUAACAAUUUUGCAGUAAUUUUACAGUGAUCGGUCUUCUAGUAUAUCACAGGGAGUGCUUGGAGUAAAACUUUGAUUUGUUUUAUGA